AUGGCGGAUAAAGUAGCAAAGAAACAUCAUGAGAAAUCUAAGGUUUGCUAUUCACGGCCAAGCUAUAGAGAAGCAAGAUGGGAAAGAGCUGUAAAGGUUUAUACCAUUAACUUAGAGUCCAAGUACAUCGUCGUUAGUGGUGUGGCAUCUGUUGGAGUAAGUCAAGAACUCGUUGACAAGUUUUCAUCAUAUGGAAAUAUUCAAGAGUAUUUCAAACUCGAGGAUUAUCCUACCGAACAAUUUACAGAAGCUUAUCUUAUUAAAUAUGAGAAGAUUAACAAUGCCAGAUUUGCGAAACGAAAGAUGGACAACAAAUCAUUUUUUGGAGGGAUUCUUCAUGUAUUUUAUGCUCCUGAAUACGAGUCUGUAGAUGAAUGUAGACAUAAACUAGAGGAAAGAAGAAAGAUCAUCUCAAAGAAGACUCAAGGAACAACCAAUCAAGAUGGAGGAUCUUCUUGUACCAAUCAUGAAACAGCAAAGGACAGACACAUUACUACACAUAUAACAACUUCCAACACACCUAGUGUUGUUACUUCUAUCUCAGAGAGUACUGCUACUUUGGUUUCUGACACACUUGCUCCAAGUUCAUAUUUUCUCCAGCACAAUUAUCCUAAUCAGAAUAGUCAUGUAUGGAAUCUACCUCCUCUACCACCUCCCCCGUGUGAGACACGCCCAUCAUUUCCACCAAGACAAUUCUUAUCAACACCAAGCAACCCGAACAGUAACGCGUAUAGAAAUCAACCUGUUCAUCGCUUUGACUAUUCUUCACAUCAGCAGCCAAUUCCUUAUAUUAAUUCAACACAAAAAAGACAUUCUGGAACUGAUAGUUUAUCUAGUAGUCAGAGUGCAAUUCCUUCAAAAAAACAAAGAAAGCGUAUCUAAUCCAUUAUUAUUGAAAUGUUAACUUAAAUUUACAAUAUUUUUCUCAUGCCGAUCGCCAUGUACACAUUCGUGAAAUCUUCGCUUCAUAUUCGGAAUCGAUAGAAGUAACGGCAAAUGAUACUUUUACUGACGAUGUUUGAAGUUUUGUUGUUUUUCCUUCACAUUUACUGACUUGGUACGAUAACAAAUUAGCAAUCCACUUAGAUAUAAUUGCUUUAGUUUAAUUCAAAUCUCAGUAAGCCGAAACCCUUGAAAAACCUUUUAACUGUUUGUACUUUUCACGACCACAAUUUACGAGAUGAGUUUUAAGCAACAAAUAGUUAUGUUUUUAUCACUCUGUAUUAUUAUCAAGAUAUACUUUUUCAAAGCAAAUUUGCACAAAACGUCUCACCGGUCAUAAGGCUUUUAUUAAACAAGGCGUCAUUUUUGAAAAGGUACUUCAACAAAACUGAUAAAAUGAAAAAAGACGUAUAAUAAGCGAUAACAGUAAUUUUAUAUCAACAUGACGAGUAUUUUUUUAAAUGUUUGCUGCAUUUUCGUCCAGGUCAGUACAGAAACGUAACAGAAAUCUUCAACAUGCUGAGUAAGAAUUGUUAUGUAACAGGGCGUGUACCUAUCAGUUAAAAAUCCAUGGUAUAUCAAACUCUAAUCUAUUGGUGUCUCAUAUGCUAUAAUUCCCAUGUUUUGGCUACAAAUUAAUAACGUAUUUUUGUGUUUUCAAUACUGAAAAUCUUGCCUGAGGUGGUGCACAUCUGUUUAAACUAUUUCACUUUCUCAUUUUAAAACAAGGCCUUCUCGAUCUUUCAUUGGUCCCGCUGUGAUUUGUGUGUUGUCAGUAAUCCAAUCCGCUGGAAGUGUUACUUUCAGUUCGACUCUAAUCGAAAAUCGUGAAAAAAUUCCUACUUUAGCAAAUUAGAAAUAUCUGAGAUUUGAGUAAUAAGGUACAUGGAUUGCCUGUUUGAUUUCAUGUCGUCAUUAUUAGUUAUAUCGGCCUAUGAUAUACACACAUUAAAAGCCCCCCAUCACGAUGUAUCCAUUACUGUUCUGAAGGAUUAAAAUGCAUCGGUCAUUUA